AUGACCUCCUCAAGAUUAGCGGUCGCUAUCUUGCUCGUCCUCGGAGCACUCAAUGCCUACCUGGACCUCCUUCAUGUGCGCGCGACCCGUCGAAUGGCAGUUGCAAGACCGCCACCACUAGAACAUUACAGCUUCAUCGAUGAAGACUACAUCCCCCGCAUGCCCCUCCCCAGUGCACCGCGCGGCGGGGUUAAGUGGAUACCCGAGGAGUCCGUGCGCUACUCGCUCUGGUCGCCUGAGGCGAACGACGAGUGGCUCUGGACUGCGACCAUCGGCGACGGCAACGUCCACUUUGGUGACGGCCGCCGCCUCUUCGUCGUCGCAGUGACGCACCAGAUGCACUGCAUGCGUUCCUACCGCCAGGCGCUCGAGGCGGAAGGCAUUCCGCAAGGGCACGCGGUCGGGCACCUCACGCACUGCCUGAACUUUCUGCGUAUGCACACGCUGUGUGCGGCGGAUACUACGCUCGAGCCCCCAGACGCGUUCGCGAGGAACUAUACGAUGAAGGGGGCGGGGGCGGAGCAUGUGUGCAUGGACUGGGAAGCAUUUUACAAGGACAUGCGGACGAACUACCUGGAGUGGGACGGGUUUCAGAAGCACCAAGCGAACUCGACGAUGAAGUGA